UCGCUACAUCCUGCUCCCACAGCCAGGGCAGGAGGGAAGAGAGCUGGAAGCGCGGCCGGAAGAUCAACACGAAGAGGGGGGGGCAAAAUUAUCAUUUUCACCGUUUUACUCAACUGGAAGAGAUGUUUCCACUCAACAUGUCUGCAGAAACAGAAGAAGCUGCUGUUUCCAACUCGUGACCGCUUCUUCCAAACGUCCUAAGAAAGCGUCGAUCGGCCCCUGAGAAAGUCCCACCUUUACACUCCGUCAACACUUAGCAGGUUAACCCAAAAGGCCAAUGAGCAUGCCUGUCAACGAUCCCGAGAGCAUACUGAGCUACCAGAGGCCAGAUGAGGAGGUGGUGGUUGACCAGGGAGGGACCAGCUCAGUAAUGAACAUCCACUAUGAGAAGGAGGAACUAGAAGGCCACCGGACUCUGUUUGUCGGGGUUCGGAUGCCCAGGCAGAGCCAUCGUCACCACAAACCCCAUGGCUCUCGGCACCGCAAGAGAGACAAAAGGGCAGGAAGCAUCGCAACACAACAAAGCGAGGAAACUGAGACAACCACCUCCAGUCAUGACACGCCGUCCCAGCGGGUCCAGUUCAUUCUGGGCACAGAGGAGGAUGCUGAACAUGUGACCCACGAGCUGUUCACUGAGCUGGAUGAGAUCUGUGUGAAGGAUGGCAAGGAUGCUGAGUGGAAGGAAACAGCCAGGUGGCUGAAGUUUGAGGAGGACGUGGAGGAUGGCGGGGAGAGGUGGAGCAAGCCCUAUGUCGCUACUCUCUCCCUCCAUAGCCUGUUUGAGCUUCGCAGUUGCAUCAUCAAUGGCAGCGUGUUGCUUGACAUGCAUGCUGACUGCAUCGAAGAGAUUGCAGACAUGGUGCUGGACCACCAGGAGGCGUCCCAUGAGCUGGACGACAGUGUGAGAGUGAAGGUGCGUGAGGCUCUGCUGAAGAGACAUCACCACCAGAACGAGAAGAAGAAGAACCUGAUGCCCAUGGUACGCUCCAUCGCUGAGGGAACCCGCAAACAGUCAGAGACCCAACUCACAGCAGGGCAUGCCACAUCUCCCCAGCCUCCACCUGCUACAGAACCAGCUAAGAACGGUGGCGGACAGGACAGCAACCAAGUGGACCUCAGCAAGGUGGACCUGCACUUCAUGAAGAAGAUCCCAGAGGGUGCAGAGGCCUCCAAUGUACUAGUGGGAGAACUGGACUUCCUGGAGCGGCCCAUUGUGGCCUUUGUCCGCCUCUCCCCUGCUGUGCUGCUCACUGGACUCACUGAGGUCCCCAUACCAACGAGGUUCCUCUUCAUUCUCCUGGGGCCAGAUGGAAAGGCCCAGCAAUACCACGAAAUUGGACGCUCCAUGGCAACCAUUAUGACAGAUGAAAUCUUUCACGAUGUAGCCUACAAGGCAAAGGACAGAAGUGACCUGCUGGCUGGGAUAGAUGAGUUCCUGGACCAAGUGACAGUCCUGCCACCAGGAGAGUGGGACCCCUCCAUCCGCAUCGAGCCCCCAAAGAGUGUCCCCUCUCAGGAGAAGAGGAAGAUGCCCGGAGUCCCUAAUGGCACAGCCUGCCAGGUAGAAGAAGAGCUGCAUGCUGAGCACCAUGGGCCAGAGCUGCAGAGAACUGGAAGGUUGUUCGGCGGUCUGAUACUGGACAUCAAGAGGAAAGCGCCAUUCUAUCUGAGUGACUUUAAGGACGGCCUGAGCCUCCAGUGUGUGGCCUCCUUCCUCUUCCUUUAUUGUGCCUGCAUGUCUCCUGUCAUCACCUUUGGAGGACUACUGGGGGAGGCGACAGAGGGGCGCAUCAGUGCCAUAGAGUCCUUGCUUGGUGCGUCUAUGACUGGAGUAGCCUACUCUGUGUUUGCUGGUCAGCCUCUCACCAUUCUGGGUAGCACUGGUCCUGUGCUGGUUUUUGAGAAAAUCCUCUUCAAGUUCUGCAAGGACUACGACCUUUCCUAUCUGUCACUAAGGACUUGCAUCGGCCUGUGGACGGCCCUGCUGUGUUUGAUUUUGGUUGCCACAGACGCCAGCUCUCUGGUGUGCUACAUCACUCGGUUCACAGAGGAGGCCUUUGCUGCCCUCAUCUGCCUCAUCUUCAUCUACGAGGCCUUGGAGAAGCUCUUCCACCUGGGAGAAGUCUACCCCUUCAAUGCACACAGCGAUCUGGACCAACUUACACUGGUGUACUGUAGGUGUGCAGAGCCAGAUAAUCCCAGUAAUAAAACCUUAGAACUCUGGAGUGAGAGAAACAUCACACCCGCUGCUGUACCCUGGUCCAACCUUACUGUCAAGGAGUGUAUCAGUAUGCAGGGCCACUUUGUUGGGACAGCAUGUGGCCACCAUGGCCCCUAUACCCCAGAUGUUCUCUUCUGGUCUACCAUCUUGUUCUUCUCGACCUUCUUCCUGUCUGCCUUCCUCAAACAACUCAAGACUAGUCGUUAUUUCCCCACCAAGGUGCGGUCCAUGAUCAGUGACUUUGCAGUGUUCCUCACCAUUGCCGUCAUGGUUCUGCUUGACUAUGUUGUUGGAGUGCCCUCCCAGAAGUUGAAGGUGCCCAGCAAAUUCCAGCCUACCAGAGACGACCGAGGUUGGUUGAUCAAUCCAAUAGGACGCAACCCAUGGUGGACAGUCCUGGCUGCAUCUAUUCCAGCUCUUCUCUGUACCAUCCUUAUCUUUAUGGACCAACAGAUAACUGCUGUGAUCAUCAACCGCAAAGAGCACAAACUGCUAAAGGGCUGUGGGUACCACCUGGACCUGCUGAUGGUUGGGAUGAUGCUGGGCGUGUGCUCCAUCAUGGGCUUGCCCUGGUUCGUAGCAGCCACUGUCCUGUCUAUCUCUCACGUCAACAGCCUAAAGCUGGAGUCAGAGAGCUCGGCUCCGGGAGAGCAGCCUCGCUUCCUGGGCAUCAGAGAACAGAGGUUAACUGGCCUGCUCAUCUUCCUGCUCAUGGGCUGCUCUGUAUUCAUGACUGGAGCCCUGCAGUUCAUUCCAAUGCCAGUGUUGUAUGGUGUUUUCCUGUACAUGGGAGUCUCUUCAUUAAAAGGCAUCCAGUUCUUUGACCGUCUGAAGUUGUUUGGCAUGCCAGCAAAGCACCAGCCAGAUUUCAUCUACCUGCGCCACGUGCCCUUGAGGAAGGUGCACCUGUUCACUGUUACCCAGCUCACGUGUCUGGUGCUGCUCUGGAUAAUCAAGACAUCCCCCGCUGCUAUCAUCUUCCCAAUGAUGGUGCUAGCGCUGGUUUUCAUCCGCAAGCUGCUGGACUGGUGUUUCUCUGACCGAGAGCUAAGUUACCUGGAUGACUUAAUGCCUGAAUGGAAGAAAAAAAACCUUGAUGAUGCCUCCAAAGAGAUACAAGAGGAAUCACUGGUUAUGCUCAAUGCAAAAAAGGAAGAUACUGUUCAGAUUCCCAUGGAGAGCAGCAAGCCCAUUCAGACCCCAAAAGCACAUGACCCCAGGUGUGAUCCCUCUGAUAUUAAUAUAUCUGAUGAAAUGUCUAAAACUACCGUGUGGAAAUCCCUCAACUCCAAUCAAAAGGACACUCGUCCUAUGGCCGCUAAGAAGGAUUGAAGGGAUCACGUUCAUAGAUGAGUAAUGGACGUCCACAUUCCUGACAGACUCAGCUGUGUCACUUGACUGUAGUUCUGGACCACAGGAAACUGCGACUGCCGUCAGCCUCUUCAGUGCAUAGAGAAACAAGUCUUGAUGAUUUCUACCAGCUCCCCGCAACCCAUAAUACUGUCAAUAAACAUGCAGACAAAAAGAAAGACAUACACAUGCAAUUCUAUCUUUGUGAGGACUGAAAGUGUAUUUAAAUUAAUUAAUAUUUAAAUAUAUUAAUAUUAUAUAUUCUUAUUUCCCUGAACCAAAGCUCUACAAAUUUAAGCUAGUGCUAACCUAAUACUUAGUCUGACCCCUUGAUUAAAAACUAGCCCCAACCUCAGCAACCUUAACCAUCUUAACCGGUUAACCAGUGUAAAACCCUGAUCUCAAACACCAUCAUCUUCUACUUUUGGGUUUCUACUAAACCAGACAGGGAAGAAGGCCCUUAGUGAUUCUGGUCUGUGGCUUCCCAUCUUAGUUGUGAGCUUGAAGGAUGAUAUAAAAGAUGAAACUUUAAAGCACUCUCUCCUGUAGCAGCAUUCACCUGUUAUCAAAUUUAGUAUUGAAAAGCUCCCUUUUAAUUAAUUUGUGUAGAUCAUUUAGACAGGCUCUGAUAGUGUAAUGUAGAGACAGAUCCUGGAGCCGCUUUAUCCACAUAAACAGUAAAUAAUGGAUCAACUGCGAGGACACUGUGACAGCUAAUGGCAGGCAUAGUGAUUUCACUGAUUUACAGCUGAAAUCCACGAAUUUAUUUGAAACUCAUUUGGAUGUAACAUUUCGCGCAGCCUAACAACAUGCCAGUUAGUCAGUCAGUAAUAUAAUGUCACUGGUAUAUCUCCAAAAAUUACUGGAUGUUUGGUUUUUAGCUCAUCGGGACAACGCUGUUGCUUGUCUAUAAAGAUCAGCUUUACUGCCAAUGAAAUAGCCACUAGACAAUUUGAAGGGCAUGCCAUCCCCCGUGUUAGCAAAAUUACCAAAAUGAAGCCUCCUCGUUAACCUGUCGUCCCCCUUCUACCUUAGGAACAGAGAUAGUGCAGUGGAUGAUUGGUUGUUUAGUUUAAUAUGUAGUCUAGUAUGCCUGACUCAUUGAUCAUCUGUGCAAGUUAGAAGCUAUGGCCCCGACCAUGGCUGUGGAAUAUCAGUAGUCUAACUGCGCUUUUUGAUGCGUUUUGAUAAAUCCAUAACGUUGUCCAUGGUGCUGAAGUACAAGUCAGAUUUGUAAUUGCUCCUUCUGUCAGUUCUGUCUUAAAUUAUUAAUAUUCUCUAAACUAUAUACUAUAAAUAGAGUAGUGUCACCUUCAUGAUCUAAGUGACAUGUAGCAACGUGUAGUCAUGGGGUGCUCCCAUUGCGCCACCCCCCCUGUUAAAAAUUAACAAACCGCCGACUGGAAGUAGCCCAUUGUAAAUUCCCUUGUAGGGUGGAUUUUCUAUUUCAUUCUAAAACUAGCCAUACCUGUAAACUGAAUCCUGACAUAAAUAUAAACCAGGAAUAUGCCCAGUUGCCAGUUUAUUAGGUACAUCUAGCUAAAACUAAAGCAGUCUAAUGCAACAGCCCUGUUGUAUUUUGGAGGCUGUAGUUUGUGGCGCUGUUGAAGUGUAGUUUGUUAUACUUUACUAUACAGGUGUUUCAAUUAUUUUGUCCACCCCAUUUAAGUUAAUGAGGAGAGACAAGCAGCUGCAUUAGUUUAAAUUUACUUCCUAACAAAUCAGUAAUAAUUAAUACAAUUUUGGCCACUUGGGGGAACCAGAAACAAGCUCCAAGCCCAACAUGUACACAUUAUCACUUUUGAAGUUGACAUUGUGCUUAUUUACAUAAUCCAACAGAUAUGGAGCACCAUCUUGUGUUUCGGGCCACCUGAUGAAUGUAAGUCUAAUAUUCACUCUACUUUUAUUUCUGUUUUGGUCUCCACAAACCACUGUGUGAAAUAUCUUGCUCUUUAGUAGCUAAAUACUCAAUGCUGCUGAGAGUGGUGAGAGUGAACCAAUUAAUAAAUUACAUUAAAGUUGUGGUCUGGAAAAUAAAUACACUACAAAAAAUAAAAUAAAAAACAAAGCUCCGUAGAACUGUUGUAGACUACAAGCAGCCUCUUUCAAAUACUAGUAAAAAUGUAAAGUGUAGCUGCUUUAAAGACAGUUAGUCCUCACAAAGAUAGAAAAGCACACAUAACAACAACCUAUUUACUCCCUUUUUUCAACCUUUCAGGUUUCCCACCUCCAGUGCACACUUAGUUGGGCUAUACGAUAGAGUGUAAAUGCUCCUUUAAAAACAAACCAGGUUCUUUUUAAUUAUCCAAGUAAGUUUAUCUGUCAUCAUUCCUUAAAUCUACUUUUUAUUUAUGUGCCAUGAAUAUGUUUUUUCUGAUAGUGAUGAUAUGGUCAAUUAUUUCGUAGAUUUUAGAAAUGCAUUGCAGGUUCAGUAAUACAUAGACAAAUCCUCUUUUGGGGCAUAACACUUUGUAUCGGUUUUGUGUGAUGAUGAUAAUGAUGUACACUGAAAACUAAAUGUUAGAAGACCCACUUCAGUUGAAGCAGUGGCAUCAGUAACAUGUUUUUUGAGGCGUAAUCUUUUUCCCUUUAUGGACGUAUGUCUUUGAACUAAUGAUUGUGUAGGAUGGAGGUUGUUCUACAGAAUCUUUGUCAUGUGUUAGUACAGUGUCUUAUUUCUUUACCUCAGACGAGCUCAUGAAUGCUCCUGCAAGCACUUUGGCUGAUGUCAGGUUAGGAGAAACCAGAGCAGAAAAAUUGUGUGUGUGUUUGUGUGUGAGAGAGAGAAGGAGAGUGUUUGUCCCUUUGAGUAUCAGGAAAACAAUAACUACUUUGUUAUUUUUGCUACAGCAUUUUCUGUUAAGCAAUAAUUUACCUAAAAUCUAACCCAAAUUGACCUUUACCGCAACUCUUUAUUUAUCAGGGUCCUUUUGAGCCAGUGAAAUCUUUUUUAUCCAAUCCUGAGUGGAAUAGGUUCAGGAAGCCAAAAACACUUUCAUUACAUGUGCAAAAAACAGUUCAACAAUUACACAUAAAUAGAAAAUAAUAUAUUUUGACCUUUGUCACACAUUCAUUCAUUAUGUGGAGUCUUGAGACAGGUCAAUUUGCAUAAACAAGGUUCUGCUGUAAUGUGCUCCCCCACAUUUUUUAUUACCAGAGUUACAUCUGGCAGUUGUCUAAUUUAGGAAAGGACUCAAAGAUUGAAGAGCUAAAGGGAGCAGAGAGACUAUGGUGUGAAAUAAUGACUUUCAAUAAUACUUUAUUUAUAGUUGCACUUUCUGUAGAUAAUGAAUUUGUGAUAUAUUUUAUUUUCAAGAGAUCUAUUAAGCAAUCAAAUGGUUUUACAAUAAUUUACUACUUAUUUAUUAUUUAUUACAACAAUAUUUUUAGAUAUAAAAUUCCAAUGUGUUCUCUUUGCUUUCUGUAUAUACUGUAAUAAGCAAGAUGAGCUCAGAGAAAGGCUAAAGAAUGCAGCAUAUGAAUACUUAAAUAUAAAUGAAUUCAAUGAAAUACCUUCAAAGCAAGCACUGAUGGGAGACAGCAGGAGUUUGUCUAAUAAACCGUGAUUCCUACACCCUGUUGUCCUCAAUGGGAGACCUAGAGUGCAUUGAAAGUGCUCAUAAAUCCGUUAUUGAUUUAUAUUUAAUUGGACAAUAAAAAGAAGGAUUAAUAAAAGACUAGUAUUUAUUAUUACAUAUUUUGCAAUCUUUAAUAGCAGGGUGACAUGAAAUAAGGGGAGUGAGAGAAGGGGUGACGUGCAACAAAAGGCCCAGGUUGGAUUCUAGUAAUUAUGAAUGCUACAAUAAGAAAAAGACUACGUAAGUGUAAGUGUAAGUGUAAGCCACUGGGGCCACAGGUGAAAAUGACAUUAUAAUAAUAAAUAUUAAAACAUCAUGUACCAGUAGCACAAGUAGAAAGGACAUCAUUAAUAUCCGAGUAAAGUCAGUCAGAUCUUAAGUUAGCUUCCAUUAGCUACCUGAAGCUACUGGUCAUGCCAGAUUGUAGCAGCAAAAUCACUGAAUGAAUUGAAGAGAUUAAGAUUAGGGUAAGAAUGUUAUUCAAAGAUGGAUCUAAAUAUCAGAGAAUGUCUAUUAUUUAAAAAAAAAAAAGAAUGAUGGUGAAUUGAUGUAGUCAUGCUCAGAAAUCCUGGCUUUACUGUCCAGUUAAAUAUCAAUUCAUGAACUGUUUUAUAACCAAUUUCAAGGCAACUUCCUCCAUAGUCCUCAUCAUUUCUAUUGAAGUGACUUUAAAGCAAAGUGCACAAGUGCAGUAAUCUAUCACUGUAACAUCACAUUCAGUAAUACCUCCUCGAAGAUUUGUGUGAAAGUUGUGUACAUUGUGUUUGCUGUCAUGUAUUUCUGCUUCAAUUCUGUCAGACUUUUGAAUGUGAAUAGUCUCUGUGAGUCUGAGGACCCAUAACUAAACUAAUGAAUGGCAUGACUAAAUAUUAUUCAUUGUGUAAAUAUGUACUGUAACCCAAAUUGUGAAAACACUUUUUAACAUCCAGAGUUCAAUGACUGUAGAUUUUGACUGUUUUAAUGAGCAUCAUGUGUCUUAAACUUGAUUUUUCAACUCAUUAAUGUAUACGUGAAUGUAUGGUAAACAUAUAGUCAAAUGCCUUUGGUAUGCUGUAGGUUUACUGUAUAUACAGGUGACCAAGAGAGGCCAUACAUUUUAAUGGAUGUGAGUAUAAAUAUAUGUGCUGUAUGUGUGUGCCUGUCAUAGAGUACAUAACCACUUCCUGUUGUGCUGUCAUUUUUGAUGUUUGACCACCUUUAAUCUUUUAACAGACCUUUUAAAUGCUAGUCAUGAGACACAGGCUGUCAAACAAACUGAGAAUCAUUAGUGUCCCAUUCUGAACGAUUGUAUAAUUUCUAUAUUCCAUAAAAAUACAACAUGUUUCAAAUUCUCUCAUGCCAUUUUUAUGUGUAGAUGAAAGAGAAAACUGUGCACUGUGUGAGGCUAUGUCCUUCUAAUGAAUAUAAGACAAACCUGUGUCUGUUUCAAGGACAAGGUCAGUUUGACAAAUGGGCAGAUGGAUGAAAGAGAGAGAGAGAUACUAGAAAGCAUGAGGCUUUCAGGGAGAAGAGCGCCUGUAUGGCAGUAACCAUGAUCCUAACGUCUUGGAGCAAUAGAAAGAGUGAUGCCUUGUCUCUUCAACCACUGAAUGAUUAGUCUUGAGCAAAAUAAUUCUACAUGUUUUAUAUGUAUAUGUAGUUUAAUUUUUGAUUAUGGAAAAAUGAAAAAUAAAUUACA